AGUGCACUUGUAUUUAUAUAUCUAUAUUUAAAAUAUAUUCGAAUUACGAAUAUAUUACAAAAAUUCAAAUCGAUAUAGUGCAUCCGCCAAUUACUUAUAUUAAAUGUUAUCUCGAAAAAUCGAACGCCGCCAAAUCAGAUGUUCAAAUAACAGUUCGUGGAGAUGGCAACGGAUUCAUAUCGUUUGACGUAUACGUUCAGCGAAAUCUCUUUUAGAUUAUGUAUCAUAUAAGUUUUUAUACGAUCGUUUAUACAUUUAUUAUCGUACGAGAGCUUGUUGCUGAUUUGGUGUUGACAGUUUCGGAAUAAUGUUCCGAAAUCUGAAAUUAGUCUUUGGCAAAAUUCGACAAAAUACAACAAAAUCUUUCCAUUUAUGCGGACAGCGGUAUUUUCAAAGUUUAAGGGAACCUUCUCAACCUUUAAAACGAUGUCCAAAAUGGGUUUGCGUAGAAGACGCGGUAAAGAUCAUAAAUUCAGAACAUUUGGUUUUCAUACAAGGUGGUGCGGCCACGCCGAUGGAGCUCGUACGUGCCAUGACCGAACACGGGGUAUGCAACAAUCUACGCGGCGUCAGGUUGGUGCAUAUGAGCCUCGAGGGUGAUACACCGUUCGCUAAUCCCGAGUUUGAGAAGCACUUCAGAUCUAUCAGCCUGUACGUGGGUACCAAUCUCAGGGAGGCGGUGAACGAGGGACGGGCGGACUGCAUUCCGGUAUUCCUGCACGAGGCGCCGAGAUUGUUCUUCGAGAAGAAAAUCGUGCCGGACAUCGCCCUGAUUCACGUCAGCAUGCCGGAUGUACGUGGAUUCUGCUCGCUCGGCGUGAGCGCGGAUUGUACCCGCGCGGCUAUUUGCACCGCUAAAGUUCUCAUUGCGCAAGUAAACGAACACAUGCCAAGGUCCUUCGGUGACACGGUCAUCCACUCGAGUCAUUUUGACUGGGCGGUGAGAUACGAUUGUCCUCUACCUUGCGUGGUCUGUCCACCACCUAACGAGCUCGAGACUGAAAUCGGCAAGAUCAUCGCGCAACGCUUGAUCGAGGAUGGAGCGACAUUGCAACUCGGCAUCGGUAAUAUUCCUGACGCGGUGCUCUGCGCCCUGGUUAAUCACAAGGACUUGGGAAUACAUUCGGAGAUCCUUUGCGACGCGAUGGUCGACCUCGUCGAGCACGGCAACAUCACGAAUAAAUGCAAAGUCAAGCAUAGAGGACGUAUGAUCGGUUCUUUCGGCAUCGGCACGAAACGAUUGUACGACUUUCUGCACAACAAUCCGUUUGUCGAGAUGUUAGCGAUCAAUUAUGUUAACGAUCCACGAGUGAUUUCGAUGCAGCCGAAGAUGACGGCUAUUAACUCUUGCAUCGAGAUGGAUCUCACCGGCCAGGUGUGCUCCGACAGUUUAGGCUGCAAGAUGUAUUCUGGCUUCGGCGGUCAGUUGGAUUUUCUUCGAGGUGCGGCGAUUAGUCAGGACGGUCGUGGAAAGGCCAUCAUCGCGUUCCCUUCGGUCACCAGCAAAGGAGAGAGUAAAAUACAACCAGUGCUUAAACUCGGAGCUGGAGUUGUGGUUACAAGAGCUCACGUGCAUUACGUAGUCACGGAACACGGGGUGGCAAAUCUCUUCGGUAAAACCUUACGACAAAGAGCGAAUGCAUUGAUUCAAAUUGCGCAUCCCGAUCAUAGAGAAUGCCUCGAAAAAGCCGCGUUCGAUCGCUUAAAAUCUAACCCGACGAAAUAUCUGUAACGUUUGUGAUGUGUAAAUAUAUACAAAUUAUAUAAUAAUGUUCAAGUUCUGUAUUAAGUGCAUACACAAGAGAGAGGUAGAUAUUCAAGUACAUGUCCAAGCUUAAUUUAGUUUCGAAUCCAUUAAAUUAAUGUCACAUAAA